AUGAGCCGUAGUGGUCCACAAACACAGCCACUUAUUCUCUAUAAACCAUUUCAAUAUCCAACACCAAAUAAUCUACGUUUUAUUCAGCCGGCUACUGCUAUUCGACCGACAUUAUCUUCAAAUAAUAAUUUACCGAUCGUUCGACCACCACUUGUACAACGAUUUGUUCGACCUACAAUCAUUCGACCUCUACCACCAAGAUUAGUGACACAUGAAAAUUCAUUGAAUCGAGUAGAUCCAACUACAAUUGAAGCAAAACUACCCGCUAGAAUAUUUUCAAGUGAAUCAUCACUUUCAACACUAUCAACCAUUCCUUCUAAUCAUGAAGAAAUUCGACAGCAACAACGAAUAAGUUCUUCAAAAAUGAAUGAUUGUCUUAGUUCAAAUUGUAUACUAAAUACUCGAGCAAUUUAUAUAAUUAUUAUUCUUCUUUUUAUCUUUUUUCUCAUUGUCAUUCUUCUUCUUAUUGUCUUGAUUAUUGUUCAUCAUUAG